AUGGCUGAAGCAUGGAAGGAUACCAUCACCCAGAGUCUGGAGUGUCCUGUAUGUCUGACCACCUUCACCGAUCCGAAAAUCCUGUCUUGUUCCCACACCUUCUGUAAGGCAUGCCUGGACAUCCUUUACGAAUGCCUUGGGGAUGACCGUAAGUUCCGAUGUCCCGUAUGUAGAAACGAAACUCUGGUCCCAAAUCAAGAUGUUAACGCACUCCCGGGGAAUCUUGUUUUGAAAAAUCUUAUGGAGGACAUUAAGAAUCAACAUCAUCGUUGCACAAAUUAUAAAACCGUCGACACUACAGAUUCCUACUGCCAAGAUUGUGGCAUGUAUCUCUGCAUCACUUGUCACAGCAUGCAUACUAAAUGGGAAGACUUCAUCGGUCAUGAAAUUGUUGCGAUUGGUGAUAUUACAUCAGGAAAGGUAACAGUACGAACAUAUCAGAAAUGCAAGAAACAUCCCAGAGAAGAUGAGGAAAUCUUUUGUCGUAUCUGUAGGAAAUUUGCAUGCUACAAAUGUGUACCUCUAGAGCAUACAGGCGAAGGACAUCGAAACAUCACUGCAGAUGAAUAUGAACAAAAUUACAUGACAAAGAUCAAUAACCUCAAAUCAAAGGUAUACAAGAAAUGCUCUUCCUUCAAGAAGUAUGUCAAAUUCAUAAAUGAUCAGCAGGAACUUGUGAGCAAUGCUCAGGAUCAGUGUUUAAAUGAUAUUCAAGAAGCAUAUGAUACAUUAGUCCAGCAGUUGACCGAGAAAAAGAGCUACCCGAAGGUGAAGUCAAGGACAGAGUUGAGGGAGUAA